AUGUUCGCAGCCGUUGACGCCCUGCAAAUUAAGGAGGAGGGUGUCCUCCAAUUCUUUGCAACAGAAACCCACUUAGGUAGCACCAACUUUGACUUCCACAUAGAACAGUUCACCUACAAAAGGAAGCGUGAUGGCAUCUACAUCAGUAAUCUGAAGAGAACCUUCCGCGGGCAGCUCGUGCCAUUGUUACCGCUGAAAACCCCGCUGAUGACAGGGUCCUAUCCUCCAGGAAAACCAGCCAGCCAGCUGUGUCGAAGCUAUUGCUGCGCGAGAACCACUCCUAUUGCAGGCCGGGUGGUUCCUGGAAGCUUCCAGAAGCAGGUCCAAGCAGCUUUCCGGGCGCCGCGACCUCCGUGGCUGCUGCUCCUAUGUGGCCACCAGCCCCUCGCAGAGGCGUCUUUCAUUGCCUGCCUACCCUGGCUGUGUAACCGAGUCUGCUCGGACCCGUGCGGACAUUACCAACCUGACCAGCAACAACAAGGGCGCUCCGUCGCGGGGUCUGAAGCGGUGCAUGCGGCGGCCAAUGUUCUGCGCCUGCGCGGGCCGCUCUCGCGAGAACACCCACGGGAGGUCCUGGCAAAUCUCUCGGGCCGCGGGGAUGCGGAAGAGACUGAAACGGAAGAGCAGGCCGCUGCCUGA